AUGGAGUCUCCACCGAAGCUUUCCUCUCAGCAAGGAGACGCCAGCGAUGAGAAGAUCAACGCUGUCAAACGCCUGCUCGAUGAGACUGAGACAACCCCUUGCAAAGGGACUGCCCUUCUCAACCUCCAGGAAUCUACUUCUGAACCAGAAUCCGACCAAGACGAAGACGACUCGUCUGACGAGGAUGACCCAUGGCUCAAUGCUGGAGCACAGCCCGGAGUUCCCGCGGACCGUGAAUACGGCAUCUCCGAGGCCGAGGUGUCCAACGGCCAUGCCGCAGAGUACUACCAGGAGAGAAACACUCACGACCCUGACUCAUGGGAAUAUGCGCUAGCUCUGGCUGAACAAGACGAUAUUGUGGGAUACACUGCGUCAGUGGGCACAAAUCCGCGCCUCAGUCGUGUCCUUUGCCCAUGUCGUCUUCUCGCCGCAAUUGGAAAGUCGUGUGCCGACAUUUCUCGGAAUAUGCGCAAACCUGGCAACUCCCACGCCGAUGAGAGACGAGAGCCUCCCAGAGAGCUUGGUGACGGUGUCAUUGAUGUUCCACCCCCGAAGCAGCAACCGAUGACACCUAAUCGCUUUGAGCUCUACCUAAAGAAGGCUUUGUUUGGAGAAACGGUCAAUGUCUCGACCACCGUGGACGAGCCUGGAUGGGCCGAUAAUGCCGACUCUUCAGUGCACAAUGUUGUUUUCCCCGGCUGGAAUGAUCCCGCCGAAGAGUUCAAGUCGAAACCCCAGGGAAAGUUUGUGGCCGAGACCAAGAAAGCUCUGGACGAUUUUCUCGAGCAUGUCCAACUCCGGCGGCAAUCUAAGUCAUUCACGACGUAUGAAUGGCUCGGCAUGUGGCGAAGCUCCGAAGGGCGUAAGAUCAGGAUCUCACGCUCGGCGUUGGGUGACGGUUCUGACAAGGAGUGUCCCACGACUCCAGGUAAGAAGGAGGACAAGCUUGAAGACCUCUCUGAGCAAGAGCAAGAGCGGCUGCUUUCCUUGGAGAACGAACUUCUUGGACUGGACAAGUACAUGGGCGGCGACAGCGAGUACCUUACAGUCGUCACUUACAGCGACGAUUAUGUCGGCGCCAUCGCCCUCUUCCAGGCCAAGCUCUCGCCGGACCACAAGAUCACCACACUAGACCGCAUCGCCAUGAUAUCCGACGUUCCGAGAAAGAUCUGCGACAUCCUCCAAGACGAAAUCAAGCCAAACCGCUACGUCGUGGGACGAGCCAAGCGCAAGGUCAAGUGCUUUGACCGUGGCGAGAUGCCUCCACCGCAGAUCAUGAAGAUCUCAAACCAAGCGACGCCAUGGUCCAGCAGUGGAGGCGGAUGGCGCCAAGCUCUGCGGGUGCCCGAGCAGACCACUGAGUAUAGCUCGGGUGAAGGGCUGAUCGCGACGAUCCCCCAGAUGAUAGGCCUGCUCCACCUGCAACAUCAAACCUUGACCAAGCUUGCAUCUUCACAGGCUUUUGUCUUUGAGAAGCCUAUUGAUGCUAGUGGGGGGCCUCUGCGUAGGGGUAUUUUGCUCAAGGGGCGGCCGGAGGGGUUAUCGCAUAUUGGACAGAAUACCAGGAUUGCUGUUUUGUUUCCGAUGGAUAGUACUUGGGCCAGGGAGCAAUUCUUCUGGGCGUGA